GUCUGACAAAACGCGUACGCGGAUUUUCUACCAAUUCGUGUGUAAUUUUGCAUAUUGGAAUUUGUUAUAAAAACACUACAAGUGCCAAAUAAUUUUAUUUCAUUUUAUCACCAAAGUAAGCAGCAAUGAAUCGCAGACGUCCGCAUGAUGGCGAUGAAGAGGGCUACGAUCAUCGCAAUCGAAAACGUAGGCGCGUUUCUGAAAAUCAGGAAAUUGAAGAUCGUUUGGAGUCACUAAUUUUACGCGUCGGUGAACGUAGCACCUCUUCGGUAGAAUCGAAUUUGGAAGGUUUAGUUUCCGUUUUGGAGGCAGACUUGGGCACUUUUCGUCUAAAAAUUCUACGUAUUCUCUCGGAUUGUGCAAUAAAAAUGCCGGAAAAGUGUACCAUUUACACAACCUUAGUGGGCUUAUUAAAUGCAAAAAACUACAAAUUUGGCGGUGAGUUCGUAGACCACAUGGUGAAGACAUUUAAAGAAGCCUUGAAAAUGUGCUGGUGGGAUGCUGCACGUUACUCGCUCCGUUUUCUUGCUGAUCUAGUGAAUUGUCACGUCAUCUCAGCAACAAGUCUUCUGCAGCUUCUAGACACAAUGAUCGAUGUUUCUAACGAAGAUACAGUACCACAAGUGCGUCGUGACUGGUUCGUUUUUUCAGUGCUCUCCACGUUACCAUGGGUAGGUCGCGACUUGUAUGAAAAGAAAGAGUCGUCGUUAGAAUCAUUGCUGUUGCGCAUUGAAGUUUAUUUAAACAAGCGUUCAAAGAAACACCACAAUGCUCUACGUGUGUGGUCGGUCGAUGCACCACAUCCGCAAGAGGAAUACUUGGAUUGCUUAUGGGCGCAAAUACGUAAGUUGCGUCAAGAUAAUUGGGCUGAAAAACACAUUCCACGUCCUUACCUGGCCUUUGAUUCGAUUUUAUGUGAAGCACUGCAACAUAAUUUGCCACCCAUUGUGCCACCAUCACAUCAUGAGUCAUACGAUUAUCCAAUGCCUUGGGUGGUUUAUCGCAUGUUUGAUUAUACUGAUUGCCCCGAUGGUCCCAAUUUGCCAGGUGCGCAUUCCAUUGAGCGCUUCUUAAUCGAAGAGCACCUGCACCACAUCAUCGAAACGCAUCGUUUGGAACGGAAAGAUUGUGCAGCACAACUGCUAGCGUUCCCUUACAAAAACAAAAUACCGCUCGAAUACUGCAUCGUAGAGGUUGUAUUUGCAGAAAUAUUCCAUAUGCCGACACCACGUUAUUUGGAAAUCGUUUAUGGUUCAAUACUUAUUGAAUUGUGUAAAUUACAACCGGCAACAUUGCCGCAAGUGCUCGCUCAAGCAACUGAAAUUCUAUUCAUGCGCAUAGAUUCCAUGAAUACUUCUUGUUUCGACCGCUUCGUUAAUUGGUUUUCUUAUCAUUUGAGCAACUUCAAAUUCACUUGGUCGUGGGAAGAGUGGGAUAGUUGUUUACUAUUAGACCCAGAACAUCCACGCCCCAAAUUUAUACAAGAAGUAUUGCAUAAGUGUUUAAGAUUAUCUUAUCAUCAACGCAUUGUGGAAAUGAUGCCUGAGGCUUAUGCUAAGCUUAUACCUGUUGCACCGCAACCCAACUACAAAUAUGCUUCCGAAGAUGCAGCGUCGUUGGCAGGCACCCAGGUGGCACAUCAAUUGGUGGUGGCAAUUCGACAAAAGUGCACACCCGAUGAGGUGAUCAAUAUUCUAAAGGAGUUGCCGAAUUCCGGCGAAAAUGCGGAUCAGGAAAUGUCGGAGACAUCAUUCAAUCCACUAAAAAUCGAUGUGUUCGUGCAGACAUUAUUGAAUUUGGGCGCCAAAUCGUUUUCGCAUAGUUUCGCUGCAAUAUCGAAAUUCCAUUUGGUGUUUAAGGCCCUCGCCGAAUCCGAGGAGGCGCAAAUUUGCAUACUUCACAACGUCUACGAAUUAUGGCAGAAUCAUCAACAAAUGAUGGUGGUCAUUAUAGAUAAAUUAUUAAAAUUACAAAUUGUUGAUUGUUCUGCUGUCGCUACGUGGAUAUUUUCCAAAGAGAUGACCGGCGAGUUCACCAAAAUGUACUUGUGGGAAAUACUCCAUUUGACCAUAAAGAAAAUGAAUAAACAUGUUAUUAAAUUGAGUAGCGAAUUAACUGUUGCGAAGGAGAAGUUGGCUAAAGUGGACUCAUCGUCCAGCGAAUCGGAGGAUGAAGCAACGCCCAAGCGUAAGAAGCCCAUCAAUAACGUAGAUAAACCAACUGAAGAGGUAGUCGAACGUAUGGAAGAGAAAUUGGAAGCAGCAAAUGUGGAUCAAAAACGUUUAUUCUUGAUUGUUUUCCAACGAUUCAUAAUGAUAUUGUCCGAACAUUUGGUGCGUUCUGACACAGAUGGGCGUGACCCUGAUACCGAUUGGUAUCGCUGGACCAUAGGACGUCUGCAGCAAGUGUUCCUAAUGCACCACGAACAAGUGCAAAAGUACAGCAGCACGUUGGAGACGUUGCUCUUCACCUCGGACUUGGACUCACACAUACUGGAAGUGUUCCAUCAGUUUGUAGCCUUAAGGGCGUAAGGCAGUCAAAACACUAUUUAUAUGUAGCUAAAGAUACAUUUUUUUAUUUGAUCCAUUUGUUGAUUUAUUCAAUUGAAAAUCAGAAAGCGCAUAAAUAAUGCAAGCAAUUAAGAAAUUAAACAAAUUUUCGGCGCUACAAUUUGAUAAUGGAUUUGUCUGAAAUCCAACGAGAUAACAGGGAAAUAGUAUGAUUAAAAAUAACCAUAAAACUUUAAAUUUUGAAGUUUAGACAAGGACUUCAGUAAAGCUGAGGCUUAAAAAUAAAAUUGUAUUGAUAUUAAAAAAAACAAAUUAACGAUUAAACACUUUUCGUUAUGUCGAAAUCUAAACGUUUUCAUUCCAAAUUAAUUAUUCGUCUCGUUGGGUUUACUUAAUUUAUUAAUUUAGUUAAGAAUCCAUCAUCAAAUUUAGAAAAGGGAUAGCUUUUUUUUAAACAAGCAUUAACUUUCUUUGUAUUUACUUUCAUAUUUGUUAACGUUCAUUUCAUUUUCGCAUUGCUAAUGAAUAGAUUAUCACAUGAUUUACUGAUUUACGUACUUCGUCCACAUUUAGUUAGAGCAUGUAUUUGAAUUAUGUUAAUGUCGCUGAGCUAAGCAUUGCAUUUUUCAUAAGUUCGCAAGAAUUUAAAUGCAAGAAACAAUGUAAUUGACUUGUUAAAAUAACAACAAAAGAACGUUUAAUUCUCUACGGAAUUGUAACAAAUAAAUGUAUACAUAUAAAAACCAGUAAAAAACAU